UAAGCGCUGUCAUACACAUCACCGCGUCCCAGAGCGUGUCAGGCAACCACCAAGGGACUGUGAGAGGAUCAUAACAUACUGUAGAUACUGUAAUACUGCGUGGAUGCUGUAAACAGAGGCGGACAGAAGCAAAACACCAGUAUGGCUGCUCUUUGAGUGUGUGUUAGUGUGUGUGUGUGACAUAAGUGGAGUAAAGGAGAUGAGAUCUUAGUGGACACCAGCCAGUGGAUCAGAAUCCGAUGGAGGGAGAGCCGGCCUAUCUCACUGGAGCCAGAGGAGGAAAGAGGGGCGAGAGAGUGUGCUCGCGAGAGGAAAGGAAGAGGAGGAAGACGUCUGGUGCAGUGGACGAGGGCCCAAUCGGCCAGCAGAAGCACCCAGACUGCUCAUCAGCGUCCAGUGUCUCCCAUGAUGACCGCAGUUCGGCAGCCAGUGGCCUGGACGUUGCCGACCGGCUGACCUACCUGGAGCAGAGGAUGCAGAUGCAGGAAGAUGAGAUCCAGCUGUUGAAGAUGGCUUUGGCUGACGUCCUCAAGAGGCUCAACAUCUCUGAGGAGCACCAGGCAGCUGCAGCCUCUGCUGCUGGCAGGAGAGCACCAGGCGCAAAAGCCCGACCAGUGUCUCUGGCUCUGCCCUCCAGACCGCCCAUGGUGACCUCCAGUGCUGCCUCCCUAAAGAAGAGCUCCACACUGCCCUCCAGCUCCACAGCCAGGAACUACAGCCCAACACCGCCUCGCAGUGGCGUGAGGAGCCCACCAGGUAGUGUGAAGGAUGCUAAACGACCCACCUCUGCAGCCUCCUCCUGUAAGAAGCCUUCAGAAGGCAGCAAACCCAAGGAGGCUGCAGUAAAUGUAGGGAUGAGGCGUGUGACACACUGCAAAGUGACUAUGCAGAUCUAUCUGAGCCCCCUCGCAAGAAAGACUGGGUCUUCUGAGACCGCCAAAUCCGCGGCCGCUGUGCCUGCCAACAGCGGGCCCGCGGCAACAUCCAACAAGCCUCAGGCGAAGGGGGGCAGCAAGCCGGAGUCGAAGAAGACGACCCCGUCCUUCACUUUGAACCUGCAGAAAACCACAACCAGCCAGAGCACGCAGCAGGACACAGCCAGCUACAAGAGCCCCCUCAAAUCGCCCAGCCAGUACUUUCAGAUUUGUUACUGAGGCAGGAGGAUAGAUUUGAUACGAACUUCUCUCUGCCAUUGAACCCAAACUAAUUAUUUAAGCCUCAAACGACUACUUGAACUUAAAAGACUUUCUUUCAAUGUCUCAAAAACGAGAAAUUGAUUCGAACAGCCCAGUCGCAAAAAGAAAAUGUUGGCAUGUGUUUCUGUAAAACACAGAUUUGUUACAAUUGUACGUUUCAUUUCAUACUAUCAUAUCAGCGUUUCUAAAGUGAUUUCUGAUUACAUGUAUAUCAGCUGAGUGUCAUCAGGAGCUGGUGGAGAUGGUGGAUGGCGUGAGGCCUCUUUUAGUGAGACAUCGUGGCAUUUCCUGUGGUAAUUGUGCCAUCUGAACUCAUUGUGUUUCAGCAAAACAACAUGGCAUCUUUAACACUGAUUCUGCUACCAGAACUGGGUGUUUUCAGUGAGAUGUGGCAUUUUCAAGGGUGAUUGUGCACCCAAGACUGGUUGUUUUUUAGGGAGACACCAACCUCAUUUCCAGCAUUUUAUUGUGCCAUCAGGACAGUUUGUUUUAGCAAGACAUGGCAUUUCUUGUGGUAAUUGUGUACCCAAAACUGGAUGUUUUUAGCAACACAUUGGCAGCUUUUCCACUGGUGAUUGUGCCACCAAAACUUGGCAUUUUUUUUUAACGAGACAUUGAGGUAUUUCCAGUUUUCAUUGUGGCACCACAGCUGGGUAUUUUAAGCCCAGACAAGAUCUCUUCCCAAACAUUACCAAGUGUUUUUUGUGCCUAAACAUAACCAAAUGUUAACCACAGCAACAUACAAAUGUUACACUCAACAGAAACGUUCAAUGCCAACAUUUAUUCUGGUGAUUGGGUUGUUUUAAAACGGGUAUAUGCACUUAUUAAACUGCAGGGAUGGCUUGAUUUUCCUCUGUAGUGCAUCCUGACUUGGUUGCUUUUUGGUAUCUGCAACAUGAGCAAUCACAGCAUUUAGAAACAUUCCCACUAACACGUUUGAGUAAGUGUCGAUACAGUGUUUUAUUUAUUUCAAGUGUAGUACAGUAUGAAAGCUUUAAUGCAUUUUUAGCCUCCUCUGAGACCACUGUAGUCGUAGAUCAGUCUCCCACGUCUGCGUAUUGUUUCACUGAAUGCCUGUGUGUACUGUAAACGUUCUUUCCGUCACUGUGUGUGUGUCUGUAGUCGUCUUUGAGCUCUGACUGUGUUUGAUAUCAAUGAGUAUGUGUCAAUGAGUCUGUCUCAUACCCGUGUGCUGUGAUGUUUCUAGUUGUUUUGUAGUUGAUGUUCCAUUUAAAGCUUAGCGACAAUACAGUGUGUACCAGAAUCAGUCAGAACGGCUCAUUCUAGUUCAGGACAAACAAUAAAAAAACUUAAAUCACUA